ACACUUUAAUAACUUAUCAGCGUCUAGCCGUUAACCAUCUCACCAACUUUUGGCAAAUCCAAAUCCAAGGGGCAACAACAACAAAUCGUCUAGCGGAGGAAAAUUCUGCCUUGUUUCUCUGCCCGACAUCUUUAUCGGUGGCCGCCGGAAGCCGAUAGUCACUUAUCUGAAGAAUCAUCAAGUGGAUCGAGGGCAGGUCACUUCCUUUCUGGAGUCCAUCGCAAUGGCGUCUGGUACCUUGUACACCUACCCCGAGAACUUCCGUGCGUACAAGGCGCUCAUCGCCGCACAGUAUGCAGGAAGCAACGUGAAAGUCUGCCCCAACUUCGUCUUCGGGGAGACCAACCGCUCCGAUGCUUUCCUCAAGAAGUUUCCUCUAGGCAAGGUUCCAGCCUUUGAAUCCAACGAUGGAAAAUACAUUGCUGAGAGCAAUGCCAUCGCGUACUAUGUUGCCAACCAACAGCUGCGUGGCUCCACGGAUGUCGAAAAAGCCCAGAUCAUUCAGUGGCUUGGAUUUGCUGACAGCGAAAUUCUGCCAGCUUCUUGCACAUGGGUCUUCCCUUGUUUAGGAAUUAUGCAAUACAACAAAGUUGCCACUGAUCGUGCCAAGGAAGAUGUGAAAUCUGCUUUGAAUGCCCUGAACCAACAUCUGCUCACCCGUACUUACCUUGUUGGUGAGCGCAUUACUUUGGCUGAUAUUAGCGUGGCUUGCACCCUCCUUCACCUUUACCAAUAUGUUUUGGACCCAACCUUCAGGAAGCCAUAUCAAAAUGUAAACAGAUGGUUUACCACCAUUGUCAACCAGCCUCAAGUUAAAUCAGUCAUUGGAAAUUUCACCCUCUGUGUGAAGGCUGCUGAGUUUGAUGCCAAGAAAUUCGCUGAAUUCCAAGGUUCCCAGGGUAAGGAUAGCAAGAAGGAGGCUAAGAAAGAGAAGAAGGAACAGCCUGCCAAGAAGGCAGAGAAGGAGGCUAAGGAAGAACCAGCUGAGUUGGAUGCUUGUGAUAUGGCCCUGGCUGAGGAACCCAAGAGCAAGGACCCCUUCGACCUUCUCCCUAAAGGUACCUUCAACAUGGACGACUUCAAGAGAUUUUAUUCCAACGAAGAAGAAUCAAAAUCUGUCAAAUAUUUCUGGGAGAAAUUUGAUCCUGUCAACUAUUCUAUCUGGUAUGCCGAGUACAAGUACCCUAAAGAACUUGCCAAGGUCUUUAUGAGCUGUAAUCUUAUCACUGGCAUGUACCAGCGUCUGGAUAAGAUGAGGAAGCAGGGUUUUGCGUCAGUCUGUCUUUUCGGAGAAGACAACAACAGUACCAUUUCUGGAAUUUGGGUUUGGAGGGGCCAGGAUCUUGCCUUUACACUUUCCCCCGACUGGCAGAUUGAUUACGAAUCAUAUGAGUGGAAGAAACUUGACCCAGCCUCACCCGAAACCAAGAAGCUGGUAGAACAAUACUUAUCAUGGGUUGGAACUGACAAAGAAGGCCGUAAAUUCAACCAGGGAAAGAUCUUCAAAUAAACUAUCUAUGCCAGUUUUUAAUUUUUCUAUCUUUUGGAUUUUUUAAUCAAGGUUGUACUCUGUAAACUUGUCGUACUGAAUUUCCAUGUAAUAUUUCAUUGAGCUUGUCUUGAUGUUGGUUAUUUAUUUUAGAUGAAGUCUUUUGUUGUAUGUUGACUGUGAAUCAAAUCUGAAAUACUACUUGAUAUUCUUUGCCCCAAAACUA